GUGGUUCACAAAACAUCUUUAACCAUGUCACUACUUCUUCUUCUUCUGUUUCUUCCCCUCUUAUCUCUCAUCUACCUUCUUCCCAAAAUCAUCCUAAACAAAUCAAGAUUCAAUCCACCAGGCCCUCUUGGACUACCUUUAAUCGGUAACUUGCACCAAAUCGAACAAUCAAGUCUCCAUACUUCCCUAUGGAAUCUAUCCAAAUCAUAUGGUCCAAUAGUAUCCCUCCGGUUCGGUUUCAUCCCGGUUAUUGUUGUAUCUUCAGCAAGUUUAGCGAAAGAAGUAAUGAAAACCCAAGAUCUUAUAUUUUGCAGUAGGCCUUCAUUAGUUGGCCAGCAAAAGGUAUCUUACCAUGGGCUCGAAGUCAUAUUUUCACCCUACAAUGACUACUGGAAAGAGAUGAGAAAGAUUUUUAUGCUUCAUUUGUUAGGCCCUAAACGAGUUCAAUCUUUUCGCCAUAUUCGUGAAGAUGAAGUCACAACUGCCAUGAAGAAGAUCCAUGAGUUGGCUCUUUCGUCUAAGGAGGUAAACUUGAGUGAAAUGAUGAAGAGUGUAGCGAGUACUAUUAUGAUGAGAGUUGGUUUUGGCAAGACGUACCAAGAUGGGCAUGACAGAACGGAAGUUCUUCAUCGAUUAACCGAAGUUCAGGCGAUGAUGGCGGAUUUUUUUGCUUCAGAUCUUUGGCCGGGUUUGCCUUUUGUGGGUUUGGUUGAUAGGUUAUCGGGCAAGACGAAACGACUAGAUGAAUGUUUUCGAUAUUUUGAUUUGUUUUACCAGAGUCUCAUUGAUGAACACCUCAAGCCUGAAAACACCAAGUCACGGGAGGGAGAAGAGGAUUUUGUUGACAUUUUACUACGGCUCAAGCAAGAUCAACUCUUCAACCUCACGCACGAUCACAUUAAAGCCAUGCUGAUGGUCUUUAGAUCAGGGAUCCUUCGGCUGGCUGUUAUCCUUCGAGAUAUUAACAUAGAAUUCAUUUUUCUUAUCAAACAUGAACCCAAGUUGGUGGGGAACUCCGGCUCCAGAUAGUGGAAAAUACACAAGUACAGGUUCAACUCCCUCAUGGUGGGGUACACCGGCUCCAGAUAGUGGAAAGUACACAAAUACAAGUCUAUCUCCUUCAUGGGCCGAAUCUCCGGUAUCGACAUCUUCACAAGCAAAUGCCAUAUCGACAGGUCAAUGGGCAUUAGUAUCAAAUCAAACUCCGAGCAUUCAAAGUAUCUUAUUGAGCGAAAGCGAAACCGGAAGUUUGAAUCGACCUCCAAAGUUGAUGCACUUAAACGAGUAUCCGGGCUGGGUUGAUAGAUUUCGUACAUACGUUCUUGGUCAAAAUACCGAACUGUGGAUACGUUUCACUACAGAUUUUGAUCAAGCUAUAGAGGUUGCUGCUUCAGAUACUGCUACGUUUGCCGAUCUUCCUGAAGAUCAAAAGAAAACGUAUGAUCUGGAAAAGAAAGCAUACGCCAUUCUCACUCAGGCGUUAAGCAAAGAUAUCUAUCACCAGUUUGUCAGUUUCAAGACAACGAAGAAGUUGUGGGACGGGUUGAAAACCAGAGGAGUAGGGAAUGAAGCAACACGUCAAUUGCGUCAUGAUCUUCUCAAGAAAGAAUUUGACGGUUUCACGUGCAUGGAUAAGGAGUCUUUGGGAGACAUGACAAGCCGGUUUUAUCACUUGCUUACAGAGUUGAACAAUUUUGGAGUAGCGACAACUACAACAGAGGUGGUGAAGAAGUUUGCUGAUGCUUUGCCUCCCCAAUGGAAUAGUUUCUUGGAAAUCUUGAAGUAUAACGGAGUUUUGAGAACUACAAACAUCAACGACUUCGUGCAGCUUUUAGAAAACAAGGAUCAGGAGGAAACAUUAAAGGCAAAAAGAGUUCCAGUGCCACAAAAUCCAGAAAUGUAUUAUGGAACUUCCAGUUCUUCGUCUGCAAGAACCGGUCCACAUGCUCCACUUCAAACGGCGUUUGUCACAAGCACAGAUAUGUAUGGCAAUCCAGUACAAGUUCCUGUUAAGCCAGCUCCCACCACAGACAUGUAUGGAAAUCCAAUACAACCACCUCCUCCUCCUCCUGCUUAACAACAAGCGUGUUAUGGAGGGACAUCAUCUGCUGGUCAGCAAUCAAAACCAAACACAGUACAGCUCGACACUUCAAGCUUCUCUAAGGUCGGUGUAGAAGUAGCAAGGGAACACAUGGAGCUGCUUAACACUGUAGUGAGCGCGUACUGUGGGUUAGUGGAAGGUCAGAUUGGCAACAUUAAUCUGACACAAGAAGACUAUCGGCAGAUUGAUAAGGAAGAGAUGGACUUGAUGGAUAUCAAGUGGGCCUUUGCUAGUGCUGUAAGAAGGGCAAAGGAUUUCAUGGAAAGUACUGGCAGAACCAGCUUGGAAAGCAAGAAAGACACCAAGUAUGGUUUCGAUAAACAGGCAGUAAAAUGCUUCAAUUGUGGUGAACGGGGUCACUUUAAAAGGGAAUGUACAAAGCCAGCACAGCAUGGGAACCAGAAUCCCUUCAGAAACCAAGGCAAUCAGCAUAACCAGAACAGGAACAAUGAACGUACAUUGAUACCUGUCAACAACCAGAGUCAAGCUGGAACAUCAAAUGCCAACAGGGCACUUGUGGUUCAAGUGGAUGAAGGUUAUGACUGGUCAAUCCAGUUGAGUGGUGAUGCUCCAGAUGGAACAGCAUGUUUUGCUGAAGUGGUUAAGGAUUUAGUUCACACCAGUGGUGGAGAAUCUUCCGCCAAUGGUGGUGAAUCUUCUUAGGAUGAAGACUCUUCGGGAUAUAGCAGGAGUUCAGAUGAAGAAUCCUCAAGUUCAGGCGAUGAUCAUGUGGGUGAGACAUCAAAUGCGUCAGUCGAUACAGAUAUUGAUGAGCUUUUGGAGGAAACUGCAGCAGGAACUCAAAGAAGAUCUAUCCUGGUGGAUCAAGCUGCUUAUUCUUCGUCUUCUCUCCAUUCAGCCUUUAUGGCUAAUGUCGACAGUUCAUCAAGUCAGGUAUGUGUCGAUAAACCCACUGCUAUUAAUUGUGAUAAUUGUGAUAGUUUGCAUGUUAAAUGUACUGAUUUAGAGGCAAACAUGUCUGAGUUGCAAGGCAAACAUGAUGCUUUACAAGCUAGUUUGUUUGACUUGCAAGACAAACAUGUUUCUUUGAAUGCCAAGUGGUGUGAAUUGCAAAGCAAACACGAGGCUUUGCAAGAAAAGUAUGAUGUGACAUUCAUCCACAAUCAAAAGUUGACCGUGGAUCUUUCAAAAUGCACUGAAGCCAAUAUGUUCUAUGAAAACCAUGAAAAGGAGUUUAAAUCGGUAAUUGAAAAGUUAAAGAAAGAUAAAACCGAGCUAACUAAAAUGGUUUCCAGAAAACAAACUGACAUUAAUUUGUAUAUAUCUCGCCUUGAGAUUAUGCAAAAAGAGAUGGCUUGUGUGAAAACCGAAAGUGAGGCGAUCCAACUUAAGCUAGACAGUUAUUUGAGCUCUAGCUAUGUGUUGGAUCACAUCAUUGACGUUCAGAAAGAGAAACGGGAUGUCACAUGCAUAGGCUACAAGAAAUGUCCACCACCAGUGAGACACAAUUAUGAUGCAAUGCCUGACGAGGAGGAUAGAGUGUUCUUUGAACCAUCUGUUCCUCUAGAUGUAAAGGAGUUUGCUACAGGGCUCGGAUACAAGAAAGAAGUAUCAUCAGAUUCAUAUGUAUUAGCAGAUACAUGUGUGUCAUCUGCUGAACUGAAUCAGGAUCCUCUAGUCAUUACUGAGGAUGCUGAUUCUUUUGAUGAUGAAUCUGAUGAUGCUGUCCCAGCAAAGUCUGAUGCGGUAGUCAAAGAUGAGAACAUACCUCUCGAGAAUUACAUUCUAUGUGAUCCUCCUACAAAACCCGCUAAGACUGUUGCAAUCGAGUCCUCGUCUGCAAAAGAGUCGGAGAGUGUGAACUUGCUGUACACCCUUGUUGGUGAUGAUAAAAUCUACUCUGACAAAGAUUUUCCUAUUAAGAAUGUUAAUCAAUCUUUAAUAAGUAAAGUCUUUGAAAAUUCGACAAGUAAGUUUUUAGGAAAGACAGGACCAUGUGUUACAGUUACACAGUGUCCUCCUAUUCCAAAGGCCGAAACUCGAAAACAAUUUGGCAAUAAGAAAUUACCAACAGUGCAGAAACAGCAAAAUCACACCAAGCCAAAAGGAAAAUCACCGACUCAAACACAAAAGAAGCCGAAUCAAAAGAAGAACAAAAAUGUAAACUUUGUGAAAUCGACGGGAACGGACAAAAUCGAAACGUUUGAAAACAAAUCUAACUUAGAUUUUGUUAAGAAAGCAACUGUACAGAAAAGAAAUGAACCAAGUAGUUCAAAACCUAGUACCUCGGGAUCACAAAGUUCAUCAUCAUCGGCAAGACAAUCACAUGAUACUUCGGGGUUUGUUGAACGAAGAUCAUGUUUUGAGUGUGGAACAAUUGGACAUAUAAUUCGAAAUUGUCCAUAUCUUCAUAAACAAAAAGGAAAAGUUGAUGUUCCCCGUGACCAAACUGACCACAGGCAAACUGUUUCGGUAAAACAAGAUCCCCGCCUUGUAAAAGAAAGGGAAAAGAAACAGAAACGCCAACAGGUCAAGAAAAUUGAAAAGGCGAUUAAAACCGAUGUGGUUAACAAAACAUCUGUUUCUGUCAAACCAGAAAAUUCAAAAACUUCAGACAACCAUGAAGUUAAAAUUUUAAAGAAUAACACUGGUAAAACAAAACAGACCUGGAAACCAAAAACGGUUACUGAAUCAGGGGGACCAUCACAAUUUACCAAUCAUCAAAGACAAGAAGUUAUUGUUAUUGAUGAAAAUGGAAGACCCAAGACCACAAUGGCUUGGGUCCCCAUCUCCAACUAAUCAAUUAAGUUCAUGUGCAGGGUGUUCCAGGAGGAACUAUCAGUAGUCAUUGGAUUGUUGAUAGUGGGGCAUCCAGGCACAUGACAGGCGACAUGAAGCUUCUCUACGACGUCAAAUCUAUUAGAGGAGGUUAUGUUGCUUUUGCUGGAGAUAAGGGUGGUUAUAUUACGGGUGAAGGAAUGAUAUCCAACGGGACUGUCAGCUUUGACAAGAUCAACUUUGUGCAACAACUUGAUCACAAUCUUCUUAGUGUUUCUCAAAUUUGUGACAAGCAAUUCUCAGUACACUUUGAUGCUAAUGGAUGUUAUGUGCUGAAACCCGGCUUCAAAAUUCCAAAAGAAUGGAUUCUCUUGUCAGCUCCAAGGAUAAAUGAUUUGUACGUCCUUGAUAUGAGCCAAGCUAUUACUACGUCUGCACAAGUGUAACACCUCAAAUUUUUGUGUCCAAUAAUGUGUUAACACGUGUCAUUUGUUUACACGUGGCAUUGAUAUUAAAUAAAGGACUAAUAUUGAC